AAUGAGAUGAAACAUAUGUUUCAAGUUAUUCUGUUGCAAAUAAAUUGCAAAUAGUGAAUGUUUUGGUUCAGGACCCAGCAAUGGUUGAGUUUUGCUUGGGUGGAACUUCUUGAAAAGAACCAAACAGUUACCCAGUGGAAGAACCUGGAAGAAGAGGUUGAGUUCAUGAAAAUUUUAUCCAAGGGAGCGGCUCUCUGGUUACAAUGGCAUCAUGAACAGGCAUACAGCCACUUUGGAACACCACAUUAAGAUAGCCACUCAUGGCUCUUCCAAUAGAGGUCACCCCCAGCGAAACAUUGAUAUAUCUGCAUUUUUACAUCUUCCAGAAGGACCAGUUAGAGUUAGGAGCUCUGCCAUUGUUAGAAUAUUAUGUUCUGCUGAAAUUGAUUUCAAGAAUCCCAUACAUCAUGGAUUUUGGAAAUUCCUGGUUAUGUUCAGUUUACAUCCCCAUUCACAGAUAUAUGGAUCUUCUUGCUCAUUAUCAGGUAAAAGCAUAUCUUGGAGGUGAAUCUCCUCCAUUCUCAGCUGGUCAGCUAGAAGAGGAGGCAUCAAUAUAAAUAUGCAAGUUAGAGUUGUAAGGAAGCUUUGCAGCAGCAGCAGCCUCUGAUUUUGGAUAAUUGGAUUCUUGAGAAGGCAAUCAAAGGAGAAAAAACAC